AUGAGAUUCUCUACCAUUGUAGCAUUCGCCGCCGGCGUCGCAGUGGCUGUUCCCGCCCCGAAGCAAAUCAUCCUGGACCCCCAGAAUGAUAUUAGCCGUCCAGCAGCUCGCGUCUCAGAAGACCACGAGUCCGUCAGCAAGGCUCCUCCCGCAGUCGUGUACGCCAUCCGCAACCCUGAAGACGAAAGCGCUACCGGCUGGAAGUGCCGCGAAAAUGCUCCCCGUGGAGAUGAGCUGCGCUGCACCAAGGAGAAACUGGCCACCAAGUCAUACAGAGAGUUUAUUAUUGAGCACUACAAGCCGAUUCUCUCAUGUAUUCUUCUCUGGGGCAUCUUCUUUUUCAUGUUUGAGAUGAUAAUCAAAACCGAAGCGAAAGCAUUGGCUCAUGACAUGGAUAUGGCGCGGCUGGAAGAGAUUUUGAUGUACGACGACUAUGAGAUGCAGUCGGAAGAGGAUAUGCUUUUUAAUUACAAGGAUUAG